AGAUUUCCUAGCGUACUGGUUUGCAGUUUAUUACUUUCGGCAAUUUAACGGCACGAGUUCGAGCCCCCACUCUGCCUCUAAAACUUUCCAAUGAACAUCUAGGGUUUUUGUUUCAGGACUCUCGAAGCAGAGCCGCCCACAUGAGUUCAAAAUCAAAUCGCAACCGUCCUCUGGCGGCAAAGGUGAUUCCUCCUCCGUCCACGCCGUUAUCGGAAUCCGAUUACGCCUUCACCAUAACCAGAACAGCAGUAGCGCAGAUCUGCAGUUCAAUCGGAUUCACAGCGGCAGAAGCUCCUGUUCUCGGAAUCCUAACAGACAUCGCCGUCAGGUACCUGAGAACAAUCGCUAAGUCCGCCGCGGAUUCAGCCAACUCAGCAUCCCGUACCCAGGCAAAUCUCGUCGACACAAUCGCCGCCGUGGAUGAGCUGAGCUCCGUGAGUGGAUUCCCCGGAGCAUGGAGAGCUACCGGUUGCUUUCUCAACUCCGGCGCGGUGAAGAAACUCGAUACAUUUACGGAGGAUUCCAAGGAAAUUCCAUUCGCAAAACCGUUACCUAGGAAAAUAUUUUCAGUAGGAAGCAGAAAAGGUAUGAGAAAUGUAGGUAGUAGUAAGAUUGAGUACAUUGGAGGAGAGAAGAAGCAUAUUCCGACAUGGCUACCAGUAAUGCCGGUGAUUGAGAAUCACGAGAAGGAAACUGUUGAGAAGAGAAGAAGGGAACUUUGGGGAUAUUGUGCUAAAACUGAGGAACCAGAGAGGGAGAAGAAAGAGGAGAAAAAAACUGAUAGUGGGGAAAAGGAAAGUAAAGGACUUGAAUUGCCAUUGAAGAGAGGGAAAGUGAGGUUCAAGAUUGGUGGUGGUGGUGGGGUGUUAGGUGUGUGUAGAAGUGGUGGAAUAGGUAAGAGAGUUUUGUGUGAGAAUUGGAAUUUUGAUGAUGAAAACUCAUCAAAACAAGAGCAGCUUUGAUGAGGUAAUACAACAACAAUAGUGAUUUCGAGAGUAGAAUAUAUGCAGGAUUAUAUCAUAGAGAGAUUAUGUCCAAAAGAAACUCGGCUCGACUUGAUGAGGUAAUAGAGAGGAACAAAAUGAGAUGAUGAUAAGAGUAUGAAGAAAGAAGCGGAGUUGCUAACUAUACUUGACUGUAUUUUUUUUGGUUUUGAAGUUAGCAGGAAUUGAACCCUUGACGUGUUGUUCGAUAAAACAAAAUUUUCUCCCCCUAUUUGUAGACCAUCUUCACUCCGGACUAAAAUGGAGAGUGCAGCAUCUAUAUUGAUUAUAUUCUAUGUAAAAGUGGUCAUGAAUUUCACUAGUUAAUGUAACAAACAGAAACUCAUUUCAGAUUUUCAGUUUAAAGAUGUUCAUUUACUUUUAUUUAUCUGAAUGGAGUGAGAUUAGUUAUGUUUUACUUAAUUAUGAGCUGAUUUUAUCCAAUUAGGGGUUGUUUUGAAG